AAGACGUUCCCCAGGCCCCAACAGUUUCGUCUCACGAACGAUCACUCGAUUAAGUUGCUCUCAUAAUCCCAUAAUCCCUAUUGCUCAUUGUAAUCGUUUCUACUUACUAUUACUUCCGAACGAAAAAACUACAAAAAACUGCUUUUGCCCCGCUCUUGGCUUUUCCUGUACGCUAAUCGCCCAAGGACGGAUCCAUUGGGGGCUUCACUUCAGGUGAACCUUUAUUGGGUGAGCAUGGAUCAGAUCAACCACACAAGGGACUUUUUGCCUACUCCAGAAAACUCACCUGAACCUUCACGGUCACGUGCGCAGCGCCAAAUCCCCGGCCCGAUCUCAACGCGAUUCAACUACGAUGUUGAAGGGUUUCCUGGUGGGCCUAAUAUAACUGUCAAAGAAGACAAUGGUUAUCUACGGCCCAUCAAUGACAAAGAUUUUAGGAAAAGCCCUAGCAGUGACGCAUCUACUGUGCACAGAGUUGAAGACCUUGGUUUCAGUGCAGCCGCCGCGACAUUCGACUUCGAAUCGGUGAAGGAAGAUGGUCUCUGCGCCCUUAGACGGCUUCAUGAAGAGCGUGAAACCCUUUUUAAUACCUUAAAUUCACCAAAGACAGCACGGUUUGAAUCGACCCUUAGAGAAAGGUUUGAGAAGAGUUUGGAAGUCAGCAAACCAGCGGCGGGCGAAUAUCUGCCUCUCGAUAUGUUUAGAAACAUAUUCAACUCUGCAUCCAUAAUGCUACUUUUGCAAGAGAGGUUCCCGUCUGCUUCGGAAUGUGAGUUGUUGGACAAGUUCCAGGAUAUCAUCAGCCCGAACCCAAAGAAGACUCGAACGCGGAUUCUGGGCGUCCUUGUAGCUAUGGAGCGGCUUCUUCAUCUUGAAGAGUUCAUCAAGGGAGAUAUAUGGGAUAGCGACUUACCGUUCAAAGAAUCAAGGGAGUUUACUCCUAAUUCCAAGUCCAGUAUACUUUAUGGAUGGAACCGAAACGAUCGCGUGCUAUUCUAUGAGAACCAGAGGGUCUUCUUUGUUCCUUUUUUCGAUAUUCACGAGAAUGGGCUGUGCUCUUAUGAGCUCGACCGCGGGACAAGGCUUCCCUGGGUCUCUAUAGAACCCAAGUCAAGUGGUGGCACUGGACUAGUUCACCAAAUUGAGAUUCACCCUAGUCAUCACAACUUCUCCAAACCUUGGUCUACCGAUAACCCAAAGUUUGCACUGAAGGAGAUCGAUGCGUCCGAGCAGCGUGCAUAUAGGAAAGAGCUCCACGCGCUGGAGAAGACGUGCGCACACGCACAAACGGAAAACCAUUUGAUCAAACUUCUGCUUACUUUCCAACAUGGUAAUACCUAUUAUUUGCUCUUUGAAUGGGCAAAUGGGAAUCUUCAACAAUUUUGGGACACAAAUCCACGCAUUGAGUCUACCCUUUCAAAUGAGUUAUGGGCAGCUCAGCAAUGCUUUGGCCUGGUCAGAGCAGUCAGUCGAAUUCACGGGCUUAGUUCGUGGCAUGAGCUGAGGAGGAAAAGGAAGAGGUCAAAUUCCAUCGCAUCUCAGAAUGAAUACGAAUCGGAAUGGGGAAGGCAUGGCGACAUCAAGCCUGAAAACAUACUGUGGUUCGAAGAACACGGGACUUGCCGGAGACACCUCGUAAUCUCCGACCUAGGGCUUGCGCGAUACCACACCGAAUUCUCAAAAUCUCUGGUUCCUCGAGCACUGAUUGAUGGUAUAACGUGGGGCUACCGGGCACCUGAGGUAGACUUCAGGGAACCGAUAUCCGCAAAGUACGAUAUUUUCUCACUGGGUUGCGUAUUUCUCGAGUUCUGCGUUUGGUAUUUGCGGGGGUCGCAGGACGUGGGAAUAUUUGGUCUCGAGCGAGAGGACGAAGAUGAGCCUGAAUUUGAUGAUGUAAGAAAAGAUCAAUUCUUUUGCAUGAAAGGCGACAGCAACACCAUCAAGGAUGCAUGUUUGAAGGAAUGCGUACAAAAGCGAUUGUCCCAACUGAAAGGAGGGACAAAUUUUACGAAGGGACUGGCUAGUGUGAUUGAGGAAAGAAUGCUCCGCUGCAAUCCAUCAGAACGAUCGAAGAUUGAUCUCAUACGCGUCGAUCUCCAGCACCUUGUUAAAACACUGAAAAGGGCACUUAUUGAUGAGCAAAAUUCGCAGGACUGGGCUCAAUUAUCUACCAAUUCAAAUCUAUCUACGCUGUUGGAUACAAACAACAGAUUGAGCAGAUACUCUUCGCAUUUGACACUCGACAGCCGAGAAGAGACUUCAUCGAUGGAAGGACGCGAUACCAAUGGGGCCAGAUCAUCCAGAUCUGAGCAAGCACGGCCCGAGAACUAUGAGCACGACGAUAGUCACAGCGACUAUGAUGAUAUGCCCAUCGAGCCUAUAAUCACCGCUGCGGAGUCAGCUGUAAAACGCAAGUUGCUACAGGCGGAGGUUCAGGAAAUAUCGGUGACUCCAUCAUCACACUCCAUUGCUGAGCCGCAUACCACACCCGAACCUACAGAACCUCCUACUAAACAGAAACAAUCGAUAGAUUUCGGAGAUGGCAAGGUUGAACCAAACAGGCGAUCAACAACGACAAGGUUCAGGCAUGCCAGAACCAGGUCAAAAAAGUGGGUCCGAGAAACUUGGAGCGAUGUCAGGGGUGUUUGGAAGUGAAAGUGCUGUGGUUAGUAUUACCCUGAAUUGACCUGAACCAUUUCAAAGCAUGCCUCUAGGCGUGAGUACGCGGCUUCUCGGAUUGCGGCCUGUAUUUUGAUUAAUGCCGUCGGGUUCUGAGGACAGAUUCCUGGAAAGAAAGCUCCUAAUGGCUGCUUUAAGGCAUCGAGCGCCACUAGGUCUAGACCACUAACGAUUUUGGCUCGACAGCUUCUCUAGUCCUUGACGCAACGUUUCCUUAUUU